AUGGAAGUCCGCAUUCGAAAAAUUCGAAUCCGAAACGACAGUCAAAUCAAGUCAAGCAAAAACCUCACGGAGGAGACAGAUUACGAUGAAUUCAUUCCUAAUUUUAAAGAAAUGGUCAAGGGCGCUAAAGAAAUCGCCGGAUUGAGAACCAGACCUGCAAAGGCCGAAUUUCAUUUUGAAAUGGGCUUCGCGCCUUUUCUCUUCUUCGUGGCCAUCAAAUGCCGGGAUUUUCAAACCCGAAUGGAGGGCCUUCGCUUGAUGAGCGUGCUCUGCGCGGCACAAGAGAGUCUUUGGAAUAGCCAUACGUUGCAAGUUGUUGCACAGCGGAUCAUCGAUCUCGAACAUGGCGUCACAGCUGGGGAACACUCAACGCAGUACCAUGACAUGCCUGCCGACGAUAUCAGAGUUCGACAUUUUGUCGUUGGCCCAGUAAAGUCCGGACCUGGCGGCCUGAUUGGGAGAGAAAUAUCCUUUUAUUUACCAACGAACGAUAAUGGUAUAUACGUCAAGCGUGAGAUAUUUUCCAUGAAGAGGUUAAACGAACCUCUAGAACUCGAAGGAUCACCGGGGGUUUUUACUGUCGACCUUGCUACCGAGACGUUAUAG